UCCGGAGGUCAUUUGCCUCAUUUCCUAUCGAAUCCUUUCAAUCCCUUCAUGUCCUUCUAUCACAAUCCUCUCCAGGGUGUAUCAUCUCCGUCUAGAAAUUCUGAUGCAAUUCGAAAAUCCCCCAUGGAACGGCUAGCUGAUAGCUUGGACUCGACUCAGAACAACUCCAGAUUGAGAGAUGGACUGAGCGGCUAUCCAGGCGCAACAACUCAAUCAUCUGUCGGCCGUAAUUGUGGUAGCGGUGAUUUCUGGCGAGGAGGCGGUGGCUCCAUGCAGACGACAACUCCCUCAAAUCUCAAACAACCCACCUCCAAUCUCCCUCCAAGCACUACAAAUCCUCCUCAAUCAACUCCGAGCUCAACAUCGCUUUAUGCGGCUGUGAUGGCUGCAGCGGCUGUGGCUUCCUGGGGAGGUCAGGCGAUGCCCACCCCAACACCGGCCUCAAAUUCCCUCGCUCCUUCGGAUUUGGUGAAAACUGCCUCCUCCGCUGCACCUGGUGAAGUUGAAGUUAUGUCGAGGAGGAACAAGCCUAUGGAUACGAGCAAGAAUCCCUAUUCCCCAAGGUUAGUCUGA